AGUAUAUCUAGUGUAGACCUGGUAUGAAAAUGAUUUACAUACGGUGGAUGACACAAUACAUGUUACCCCCACAUGCCCCCAACAAGUUGACUUCAUAAUUAUGUCCUAAUACAUACUUUUUAGACAGGAAAAACUCAGUUUAGAGUAUUAGCCUACUUGUUGAGCUUCCAGAAGAAUAAGUGGGAGAAGAGGCCUUUUAAGGGGUUUACGAAGCUUCCAGUUGGCUGAGUUCCACUGAAAUCCACAGAAGCACAUUAUUUGUGGACAGGGCCACAAUCCUUUUUCAAAUACCUUUUUUUCUCAUGAGAAAUACCAGAAAGCACAAGGUCUGUGAACACUGCACUGUGUGGUUUUUUUGUAGCUGGAAACUCCUCCCUUAUAGCAUGUGAGAGGGGGAAAUGUUCAAGCAAUAGCAUGUCUCCCCCCACUAUUUGUUUACCAAGCACGGGUUGAGCUCCCUGAAUGGAAGUUGGCAGUACCUCCGGCUAAAUCGGGCAGGUUCAGCACAAGGCUGCACAAUGACAACGACUGAUUGGGAUUAUGACUAUCUGAUCAAGCUCCUGUCGUUAGGGGACUCUGGAGUAGGGAAGACCACAUUCCUCUACAGGUACACAGACAACAAAUUCAACCAGAAGUUCACCACCACAUUGGGAAUAGACUUCAGGGAAAAGAGAGUGAUGUAUUUGGGGAUUGGCUCUGAUGGAACGACAGAGAAGACUUUUAAAGUGCACCUACAGCUCUGGGACACAGCAGGGCAGGAGAGGUUCAGAAGUCUCACCACAGCCUUCUUCAGAGACGCCAUGGGCUUCCUGCUCAUGUUUGAUCUGACCAAUCAGCAGAGUUUUUUGAAUGUCAGGAACUGGAUGAUUCAGCUGCAGGCGAAUGCCUAUUGUGACAGUCCAGACAUAGUCUUAGUUGGCACCAAAGCAGACCUCAAAGACCUGAGAGAUGUACAAGGAAAACAAGCCAGAGACCUGGCGGACAGAUAUGGUAUCCCCUACUUUGAGACGAGUAGUGCCACAGGGGCUGAGGUGGACCAGGCAGUGACCACUCUGCUGGACCUAGUGAUGAGACGCAUGGAGCAGAGCACAGAGGGGCCUGUGUCAGAGGCUGCCAAUGGGAGCGCUGCCACUAAUGACGAGGCUGAAACCUCCACCAGCAGGAAGUGUGCCUGUUAGGAUGUAGGGAUGUCAGACACAUUUCAUGGACAUGUGGUUGGCUGCAUUCAGAAUGAAGGUCCAUCCAUUCAAAUGUGUAACUAUUGCAUCAGGGGAGUUUUAUUACAUUGGAAAGUUCAAUUAUCCCAUACAGUAUUUAAAGGAUGUGUAAUAUCCGCUUAUGCAUUGUGUGUUUAUGUCUGGAUUGAUAACUGUCGCACUGUCAAGCUUUUUAUUUCCAACCUGGUCAUCAUUACCUGCUGAGUCUGUACAUGUGCUGUACUGUAUGUUAAUGACAUGAGACGAGCAAAAGAACACACAAUUCAGUUUUCUAAUAUUGUAAAAUGAUUCAAAGUAAAUGAAAGCACCAUGUGUAUGUACAUCUCAAACCGAUAUGUGUAAUAUGACUAUGCUUUGCGUGAUUCUAAAUAGGUAAAUACUAUUUGGAAGUGUUAGAAGAAAGGUAUGUCAGAUUGACAUAUUGGCAGAUUGAUGCAUUGAUUGAAGGAAAAUGCAGGCACAUUUAUCAUUGACAAUACAGUGGGGAAAAAAA